AUGUGUGACUAUUUAUAUCUCCUUCAUGUAAUAACUGAAGAUACUAUAAGCCUUAAUUGCAAGAAGCUUGCCCUUUUGGGUCCACCAAAAGUUGGCAAGACAGCAUUUCAAGCUCUUUUCUUUAAUUGGCUAGCUCCAAAGCAUCAUCACAGUACUGCAAUAGCAUCACGCUCAGUACAAGUUGUAGAACGAAUAACAGACAUAGCUGAGGACAAAGUAUGGGAUGUAGUUAAAGCUGAAGAAGUCUUGGAAACGCUCUCUGAUGCCAUCAGUGAUGAAAAAAAGGAACCUGAAGAUAAAGCUACUGGAGUCUCUUCAUCUACAUUACAACAUUUACAAUCAAAAACCCCUGACAUGUCACUCGAGGGCAAAUCAUCAAAUGUAGACUUCACUAGCCCUAAAUCAGUUAACAAUAAGACUCCGAUGCACAAACUUGCUAUUAAAAUGGCAAAGCAGGAAUGUAGUAACAAGAUACCAGUAACAGUAUUACAGCUCUCUGAAUAUAGGAAGUCAAAGGGAGGGAAGAGAUCAAGGGAGCUACAUAAAGCCACAUGGGUCCACGUUCUUGACAGUGGUGGUCAGCUUCAGUUUGCUGACGUAUCUAGAGCUUUCCUUAGAGGGAAUGCAGUCAAUUUUAUCCUUGUGAAGCUGACAGAGAAGCUUUCUGACAAACCAAGCUUUGUGUAUUCAGUGAAUGGUACUCUAAUCAGUGUACCCAGUGAGUUACAAAUGACCAACCUACAACUGAUAGAGCACUAUGUACAUUCAGUGGCAGCAUCUAAUACCUGCACUGUUAGUAUUGAUGGCAAAGAAAUAUCAACAAAACCUUUCUUUGUUAUCAUUGGUACUUACUACGACAAGGUUAAGGGUCUUUUUUUUAGUACUACAGAAUCCAUUGAAGAAAAGAAUAAACAAAUCCUAUCAACUCUUGAAGAGUUUCAUGAUCAGUUUAUAUUUCACAACAAAUCAUCUAAUGAACUCAUCUUUCCAGUGAAUAAUUUAUGCUGGAUCAAUCGAAAGAAGAUAUCAGAUGAAAUCCGUGAGCGUAUAAUGUCACAGGAAGGGAUCGGUUUCAAAGUACCCAUACCAAUCCGGUGGUAUCUCUUUGAGCUUCAAAUGAGAGAGAAAGGUUCCAGUGAUCAUGGUAUUGUCUCUAUUGAGUCCUGCUAUGAUAUCGGUACUACACUGGGAAUGAGCAAGAAAGACGUGAAGACAAGUCUUGUACACUUUGAUUCUCUUACAUUGUGUCUUUACUACGAGAAGGUACUACCCAAUGUCAUCUUCACUAAUCCUCAGUAUCUCCUUGAUAUCCUCUCUGGUUUAGUAUGUACAUCAUUUGUAGUUGAUUUGACUCUCGUUCUACCAAAGGGAGUGUCCCUCUCACCCGAUACUCAACAAAUGCUACAAAGAGACGGAGUCUUUGAGGAAUCUAUAUUAGAUGACCUUGGUCUUCCUUUUUUAGAGUCUCUCUUCCCUCCGCGUGAUUUCCUCCUCUUGUUGCAGUAUCUCUUUAUAGUCUCACCAAUUCCAAUCAAAAGGUCUAAUUCUACUGUUUGUGAUUCUACUGUUCCUGAUUCUACUGUUCAACGCUUUUUUAUGCCAAUAUUGUUACCUCCUGUUAGAAUGAGUGAAGAACAGAAGAAGGCAUUUAUUCAAACAUGUGACCCACUCAUAAUCACUUUCAACAGUAAACUAGUACCACAGGGUCUGUUUCCUACAUUGAUUGUCUCUUUAUUAAGUCGGAGAGACAAACCUCAUUUUUUCAUUGACAGUAGAUCUCCUCUGUUUCCACGGCAGCUUCGACAUGCUGUUAAGCUUUUUUCAGAACGUCUUUUUGGAUCAAUAUUCCUGUGUGAUAAUCUCAAAUCAAUUGAGAUUAUUUUCACUGGUCGUACUAGACACUGUUAUACUCUUCAUCAGGUGAUUCUAGAGUGUCUAUCAGCCAGUGCUGAGCUCCUGUCUUAUGACAUGAAGGCACUGAUAUCUGUUCGUUGUAUGAGACAUCAUACAUUAGCUGCUAGUAAUGAUGAACCUCAUCCAAUUACUGUCUGUGAUACUGAAUAUCCACCAGUAGUUGGUUGUAGUCUUGAAAAUGAUCAUUCUCCUAUUCCAAUAGACAACAAGAGACAAUACUGCUGGCUAAAAGAUUUAUCAUCAGUUGUUCGUAUUGACAAUAUUAUUUUACCAGAAGGUUCUGUAUUAAAUGAGUCUCAUGCUCCAAUUAUACUGAAAGCUAUCAGUAAGAUAGUCAAUGAAUGGGAGACUCUAGGACUAUUUCUUGGAAUAGAAAAUGAAGAGUUGAAGCUAAUUCAUUCAAAGAGUUUCUAUCAAAUAGAUGUAUCCCGUAAAGACAUGAUAGUUCACUGGUUAAAGACUGGUACUGCUACAAGGGAAAAGCUGAUACAAGCACUUGAGGAUUUGGGAAGAAACGAUGUUGCUGCUGAAGUAAAGCGUCUGCCUAAACAUUAAUAAAUUUAUUAUUCUUUAUUUUACAGUAGCACUUUCUAUUAUUGUAAUGCUUUAACAUUGCCUUUUUGUAGUAGUAUUACAUAAUUAUGUACUCUUAAAACUUAGAUCUUGAUUACUCUUGAAUGUUCUAGAUAUUCUUAUUGUGGUUGUUCUAGGAUUAUCUGUAUGGUCAUUAUUGGUGCUCUAUUGUGGUUUUGUUAUGUACAUAUAAGAUGCUAUGUGUUGUGUCAGUUUUUGUCAGUUCAGUUAAUCUUUUUUCAGUGAUUUGUAAUAAAGCUA